GUAACGCGCUCAGCUGAUAAAGUGUCCUCUCACAGAGUGUAAACACAGACAUUUAACAACGUGCUUCACAGAAGGAGAGAGAAGGAGUGAACUAAGUUUCCAAACAGCGAAAAUCAUGAAAUACUUCAGACAAUGGUUUUUCCUACAACUACAGUGUUUCCUGAUUGGCAGUUUAGUUGACUCCUUUUCCCUGUCCUCCGCCACGAGCUCCCUGUCCGUCACCUUCAAGGUAGGAAACCAGGCGGUGCUUCCCUGCAGCUGGAAGCAGCGCCUGGGGGAGGGGGCGCCCUCCACCUGCUACAUCCAGUGGACCAGCCCUGCCGACACCGUAUUUGAGAUGCAGGGGGAAGAAGAAGUGCAGGCGGAAGAGUUUCAGGGCCGGAUGGAGGUUCCAGAGGAGAAGCUGAAGUCCGGGGACUGUUCUCUGGUCAUCAGUGACGUGCAGAUUGGAGACACGGGGAGAUACGAGAGCUUCAUGCUGGUGGGAGUGAGGUCCGCCAAAACCAAGGUCUUCAUUCAGAGUGUCAAGCUGUCUGUAUCCGACUAUAAAUCCAUUCUGUCUCGAGGUCCAGGUGAGGAUUUAGUUCUGGAUCUGUACACCCAACACUCUGUGAAGGUAGUGUUCCAGGGCAGGAACAGCUCAGAGUGGUUGGUUGUGUGGAUGAGGGGGGAGGAAGACAGUGAACGAAUGGAGCAAGAUGUGGCAAAUGAGCGGCUGACAAUAAAGAACUUAAAGAGCUCGGACGAAGGAAUGUACAAAGUUAUGGACGAGCAGGGCCUCGGUGUCAGCACCGUGCUGCUGUCUGUUAAUGAAGGCUCCAAAGCUGUCAAACUCGCCCAGACAAUGGAACAUCAAGUACCAACAGAUGGUGCUGUCAGAGGCAGCUGUUCGGCUCUUCUUCUCUUGUCUGUUCUUAUCACAGUUUUCUAAAUGCUUCAUCUCAAAAGACUAUACACUAUAGCCAGCAAACAAUGCUGA